ACACACAGCCCGUUGUUUUCAUACACGCUAUUUCUGCAAUUAUACUUUAGACUAGAUAACAACUCAAUAACUUGAUAAAGUUAUCAGCUGUUGAGAAAGAUAACAAAAAUUUAUCACAUUCUACAUCACAACAAGUGAAUGUUUAUAUUUGUGAACAAGCUCUCGAUAACACCGUGUUCACUGCAGAAAGUAGGACGCUUUUCUAGUUUCGUUUCUAAGCUCACUAACGCUAUUCCGCUAUGCUGCGACUCUUUGUUGUGGUUGCUCUAAUUGCCGUGUGGUAUGCAUACUUCUCGGCACACACCAAUGAGAUCACCAGAAAUGUUGAUUGGUGGUAUAGCAGGGGCCAGUAUGCUGAGCUGCAAAAUUGGAAUAUUUUCUAUGUCGACGAAGCUGGCACCGGACCUUCUGGCACCUUGAUCUGUCUCCACGGGUUCCCCACCAGCAGCUACGACUGGGUCAAGAUACUGCCAGACUUAAAGCAACAGUUUGGAAGAAUUAUCCUGCUCGACCUACUGGGCUAUGGGUUCAGUGAAAAGCCUACUAACCACGAGUAUACCAUUGAUAGCCAGUCGCACAUUGUGGAGUCCUUAGCCAUCAAAUUAGGCAUCAAGUCUGCACAUAUUCUGGCGCACGAUUAUGGCGACACCGUGGCACUUGAACUCCUUGCCAGGCACAACGUUCAAUGGCUGAAGUUUCAAAUUCUCUCGCUAACCAUGUUAAAUGGAGGUAUUUUUCCAGAAGUACAUCGUCCUCGAUUUUUUCAAAAAGUGUUACAAAUACCAGUGUUAGGAUACCUGACAAGUCAGUUGUCCAAUUAUUACAUGUUCAGUUAUGGGUUUUCUGAGGUGUUUGGAGAGAACAAGCCCACUGAGACAGAACUGUUAGAUUUUUGGUCUAUUGUUGCCUUUAACUCUGGCUACAAAGCUUUUUACAAGAUAAUAAAUUUUCUGAAAGAACGACAUACAUUCAGACUGAAGUGGGUUGGAGCUCUGAGAAAUGCAAAGAUCAAAGUUCUGAUGAUCUAUGGACCUGCAGACCCCGUGAACCCAGCGGAAUUUGCACAGGUUUUUAGAACUACAGUCCCAGAUCAGACACUGAAGAUUCUUUCACCACAAGUUGGGCAUUACCCACAGUGGGAAGACCCAGAUGCUGUCAGCAAUGUUUUUAUUCAAUUUAUUAAAAACUUGCCCACUCCCUAAAUAGCUGAUUGUUUGAUGAAUUCACAUCUUUGAAGUAGAAAAAAAUUAACAAAAAAUAAAUAUAUUUAGCCAAUGUCUUUAUUAGAUAAAAUGUGUAUCAUACAAAAUCUAUUUUUUUAAGUUUUAGCUUAGCUUGAGUUGUGUUCAGAACAAAUUAAAUCUAUAAUUUUACUGCAUAUUUAGGUCAGUAUGAAAUGUUGCAUAUGUAAAUAACUAAAUGAAGUAGUUUAAUUGUUUAAAGAAUCAGGUAGCUUACUUAUGUAUCUGUGAACAUGUUUUAAAAAUGUUGUAUGACAACUGUCAAAAUAAAUGAAAUCAUCAAUGCAAG